AGCAGAAGAUGCAGUAGAAACUGUAAAUAACCAGGUUCUUUCUCUCUCUCUCUCUCUCUCUUUUUCUCUAGGAAUAUGACAAAACUCCGGGUGCCCUGCAUAACUAACGCCAUCUCUGAUCGACCAAGUACAAUCAAUGGGCGAUGUUGCCAUUUGGGGUCAGCGCCGGGAAAGAAUCACAUUCUACCUAUACAGCUUAUGUUGCACCGUUGCACGUCUCCAGAUGUUACAGCAGUUAGCACGGAGUGAAGUUCCAACCUGCAUUAAGGCAUUAAGAAUUAUCUCGUGUAGUAGAGUGCGAUUGUGAUUUACUUCUUUUUCCGAGACACCUUCUUUAUUUUUCUCUGAAAACCCACAAAAGGACGCACACGAAGGUCGAGAUGUCAAGCUUCGAGGAAAGCAACCUCAAGGCCGGCCAUCCUCCUGCAGUCAAAGCCGGAGGCAUGAGGAUAACGCAGCACAAGAAUCCAGACAAAGAGCGUGAGGUCAAAGCUACGAAAGAUUCGGAGGACUCGAAGACUUCCUCGAGACCUAGCCAGCAUUUAAUUCAAAAUCGCCAAAGCCUCCUUAAGGAGGUUCGGUAG